AUGGGAAGUGAUGGUGGCGGAAACAACUCUCCCCCUCUUCAUCGCCGCAUUGAUUGCUGGCAAGGUUCGCUCCCGGUUGCUCGGUUGUCAGGUCUCGUGCUAAUACUCAUGGCUUUCCUCCUACGGCGCCGAAACAUCGUCAGGAUAUUCCUACUGGUCGCUGUCUUCUUGUUCAUUCGAUUCAUCGUUCUUUCUUCGUCUCCGGCGUCCAAGAUCUCUUCGUAUUAUGACUUUGAUUCCCAAGAGAUCCGUAAACAGAAUGUUCUCGAUCUUGUUGCGGGUUCGGACAAAUUUUUAGAUGCACGAAGACACAAGUUUCUACAGGUGCGAAUGGGUAGAGACAAAAAGGAGGAUCUUUUCCAUGACACUAUCCGAGACGGUGUAUUGGAUUUUUGGGAGAGGUUCCAGAAGCCAUACGUGAUUGCUCAUGACACAGCUCCUAUGGACGAGCAAUCUGUCAUCUCGUCCAUUGAGCAGCUCUUGACCUUGAACGGCUGGGUCGCUGCCCUUUGUCCAACUCUCAGUCGUCCAUUUGGCCAGAACAAGUACGAAGAUGCAUAUGAAGAUCUCGCCAGGCAAGACCAUUUGUACUACAUUGGCAUGGUAAUCCACUCCGCAGACCAUUUUUUAGUAGACCAGCUGGCCGUCAUCGUCCAGUUAGCCCGGCGAUUAGGCAAUUCGAACAUAUUCGUGUCCAUGCUAGACUACGACUCUACAGAUUCGACCGAGACGCUCACCGACCUUUGCGAAGCAGUUCUUACUCUCCUGGGUGUUCCAUUCCGAAUACGGAGAGUCCCCGGAAUGACUACCGAUCCCGUCGCGGCUUACUACCCCCUAGAGGAGGCAUAUACCAGGAAUUUAGUUCUCGAGCCUCUUCAUGAAUUGUACGAAAAACGCAAAAUUACGUUUCAUCGAGUUGUAUGGCUCAAGGGAUUUACUUGCCCUAACGAUAUCCUGGAAACAAUUAAGCUAAGCGUUUCCAAUGAGGCUGCUAUGGUAUGUGGAAUGGACUGGGCCGAACAUAACGGGUUCUUCAUCUUCUCGGAUCGGUGGCGAACUCGGGAUAUCAAUGGUGACCAAUUUCGCCAAUCUAAAUCAUCUUCAAUCUCCACCUCUCCUCUUACUUCCGUUCCUCCUCGCGAUGUCACCGGUGCGCAACGCUAUACGCAACAUCUCCCGUUCCAAGUCUUCUGCUGUGAGUCCGGGACACACGUCGUAGAUCCUUCUCAGUCAUAUUAUGUCGGAAUCGCAUAUCGAGCGGGCACACAUUUCCACAAUGCAAGUACCCCUGCCGAUGCUCCAGUACGGCAUCCAGACGAUAAGUGUUUGGACAGUGCUCAAGCGUGGUUUUGCAGGGAUCUAUGGGUGUCGAAGGCGAGACAGGAGCUUCGUGCUUAUGACUCAGAUAUAGAAAGUGAGGAAAAUGGGUCUAGACAAAACACUGCAGAAAGACGUGAUGUCGAGAACCCAAAAGAGCCCCUUGUUCCACGUCAAAGGGUCAAAGAGGAUUCGGAUGCUGACGCAGGAUCAGACUAUGAUGCUUCUGACCCUGAGCUUGCGGAACCGCCCCCGCCGGUGAUCCAGGACCCAAUUGAUCUUACUAUACCCAACUCCGUCUUCCUGCCAGCGCGAAUUAUGGUCAAUCCACGCUGCGUUACUACGUAUGCUGGAGUCAAGCAUACACAACUUGCGCUUGAUUUAUUUGGCCCUCCGGAUCGCGAAGACCGUGACGGAGAAGUGAGAGGAAAAGACGUACUCGAGAAGUGGGAUAGUGCCCCAGAGACAUUCGUCUGCCAGGAGCAACAACGUACGGGUGGAAGACGAGCAUCGAAGACACAGAGACGACUUGGGUUCUCUAUUCACCAGGAGCUGGAGGAAACAUUAUCUCGAUAG